AUUUAGAUCACUUUGCGCUUUAAAAUCCUUUAAUGUUUAAAAAUGAAUAUUCGUCAAGCAACUGUUGAAGACCUUCCAGGAAUGCAGCAAGUAAAUCUUACUAAUUUACCUGAAAAUUAUCAAAUGAAAUAUUAUCUUUAUCACCUUUUAACAUGGCCUCAAUUAUCAUAUGUAGCAACUAAUGCAAAAAAUCGUAUUAUUGGAUAUGUUUUAGCUAAAAUGGAUGAAACAGAUGAUACAUCUCAACAAGGACAUAUUACAUCAUUAAGUGUUCUUCGUAAUUAUCGACGACUUGGUAUAGCUGCACAAUUGAUGCGUCAAAGUCAACAAGCUAUGGUUGAUAAUUUUCAGGCUAAAUAUGUUUCUUUACAUGUACGUAAAACAAAUCGUGCUGCAUUAAAAUUAUAUCGUGAUAGCUUAAAUUUUGUGGUUGUAGGUGUUGAAAAAGAAUAUUAUGCUGAUGGUGAAGAUGCUUUUUCAAUGAGAUGUGAUCUUAGACAUUUAAAAGAACCUGGUAUAGAUAUAUUUACUUCUGAAGAUCUAUCUUCGGACACUUGUUUGUCCGGUAGACGAAAUCUUACUAAUAAGGACACCGGGGUGUCCGAAAUGAUGGAACAAUUAACUGCAGAAACUCAACAAUUUGUUCUUUAAAAUAUUAUUUUAAAGAUAAAUAUAUAUAUAAAUAUAUACAUUAUAU